AUUACCUCAAAACCAUUGAAUUAAUCAAAAGUGAGCUAAAGGCGUCUUAAGCUUCUGACUGAGACUCCGUUCUCCUAGCAUCGACUCAGACACUGACAAGAGCUUCCAUGGAAGAACCGAAACCACCAUCAGAAGCAGCAACAGAGAACCCACCUGCCCAAGUUACAACUCCACCACCAGACACUCCACAAACUGUGCCUCCGCAAGCUCCUUCACCUCCUCCUCCUCCUCCUCCUCCUACAAUCUCCAAGAAAAGACCACUUGACAACCGUGGGCAACUCCAACACUCCAACUACUACAAGAUGCGUCUUGUUCUUAAAGAUCUUCGUCCUCACAUUAUUGAGUUGUUGCGGACACCUGACUUUCGGAAUUGCAAAGUAACUCAUGAAGUUCGUGAAAAGAUAAAGAUUCUGGUGGAACUGUGCAAAGCAGAAACGGUGAUUGCAGCAGAGGUUAGGGAUGUAGCCGAACGUCAGCCACCCCAAGAUGUUAAGGUGGCAGAGCAACCUCAACAAGACAAGUUAAGUGCAAAACCAUCUGAAAUAGAGUCCAAGAAGCUGCAAGGUGAAGAUGGUGAGACACAAGGGUCAUGUAUUGUUGGAGGAUCAGCGUUCGGCUGGAACUUUAUCACUUUUGCUGGCACUCAACCUGUGUAUUAUGGAGUAACAAAGGAACUAUUUCGAAAAUUGAAUUCAGAAGGCCAAUGAAUGCUCUUUCUCUCGGAGGAAAUAAUGUAUGUGGAUUACCCACAUUUUUUAUGUAGGGGAUUGUUAUUGUACUUCGCAACCUUGACUCAUUAUGUAAACGCAAAGAUACCAAAAUUUAUUUGUUUCAUUUCUCUUAGAAA